AUGCACAACAAACAUCUUGUGAAGGAUAAAAUUGUCCUCGAUGUAGGUUGCGGAACCGGAAUCCUAUGCCUCUUCGCCGCUAAAGCUGGCGCCAAACAUGUCAUAGGGAUUGAGUGUUCCAACAUAAUAGACCAUGCGAGAGAAGUCAUCAAUUCAAACGGAAUGGCUCACAUAGAAGAAGUUACCCUUCCCGACGGCAUUGAAAAGGUGGACAUUAUAAUCAGUGAAUGGAUGGGUUACUGUCUUUUCUACGAGUCUAUGUUGAAUACAGUCCUCUACGCCCGCGACAAGUGGCUGGCUCCCGGUGGCUUGAUCAUGCCUGACCACGCGACAUUGUAUAUAUGUGCGAUCGAAGACCGUCAGUACAAGGAUGAGAAAAUAAACUGUACGUUUUUUUAA